GUUGCGUUAGCAUUGCCCAUAAUGGCUGCAACUGAGAGUGAGAACAUAUUGAUUGGGCCAGUUUCGACUUUCGACUGCCAUGGUCCUCACACGGCUUUGAAAGCUCGGAGGCUCUUCGCUUCUUCCCACCAAUAUCUUCCCUGAUCGGCGGCUUCAAAUUAAAAUUUGUUUUUUUUGAGUGAAAGAGAAAGGAAAGUCUUCAUCUGGUUCCUGAGAAGAAACCCUAGCUCACGUUUCCUUCAAUUUUACCAUUUAUAGAUUCCGCCGUUGCUCCGUUUCCGAGGAUCUCGCCGGAAAGGCCCUUGACGGAAGAGAAAUCGAGAUUCUGAUCGUUCUUUGUCAACCCAUUUCGCGAUUUUAUAAUCAAUAUCGGGACUUGAAAUAGUAGCCAGACUGUUGGGUAUAUGGAAUGAAAAGGGAAAUCCGUUCCAGAAAGCAGAUGCAGAUCCGAUGAAUGAUGAGUAUGGGAUGGGUCACUGUUUUAGUUGUUUCUGCGGCUUUGUUUAUUUAUUCCAUGCCGAGGGGAUCGGGAGAGAACAUCGGAUUAUUUAUCGGAUCCCAGGAUUCGAAUCCGGCUCCUUUGUCGGAUGCUGAGGAAGAUAUGAAUCACGUGGAUGCAGAUGGAACAAAUAUGGCUAAAUUGUAAGUUGGAUUUGUUGGGAACAAAAUCUGUUAUGAGUGUUGUGAACGAAUAUGAAGAUGUUGGUGAUUCGACUAAGCUUGAUCUUAAGAAAAUGCGGUUUCCAAGAGCGAAUGUACACAAGGCCAUUAGUAACCUUCCUACUGAGAUAAGAUACUAUCUUAUAGAUUGUAUGAUGGAACAAAUUCUACUUGUUCCUUCUUUUGGAGAUGCAGAUCCAGCAAAUAGAUAUGCUAGGCAUCCAGCAAGAUUACUUGAUCAAAAUACUAUUUCAAGGAAGCAUCUAGCAGGUGAAGCAGGUAACAAAAACUUGCUUUCCACCAUGUUUCCUGCUUCAGCUCUGAUACCACGUCGUCGAAACCAAGCUUCACAAACAACCUCGGCCCUCAUUGAUGGACUCAAAAGCAAUAAUUUGCAGCCUUCUAGUGAAGCUCCUUCCCCUGAAGAUGAUCCUUAUAAAUUAUCUCCAACUCCGUUACCUGGUGGCUAUCUUGAACCGGAAGUUAAUAAUCCAAGUUCUCAUCAUGCCAGUCCACCAUCUGAGGAGAAAAGCAAAAACACAAAAACAAUCAUUAUUGCUGUGGUUGUAACUGCAACAAUUACACUUACUAUUUCUGCUCUCUGCUUUUGUUGCUUCUAUAGAUAUCUCAAAAACAAGUAUCAAUUUGAUAAUGGGCACAGGGAUGAAAGGCCGCUUUUAUCGUUGAGCCUAAGUGACUUCUCUGUUUCCUCACAUGUGGCUUUUGGUCAAGCUAAUGCAUUCCAAAAUGAUAAGAAUGAUGCCUUGUCCUUGAAAGCUGAUCCAAACAAAAAUGUUCAGGCUUUAUCCUUUGAUAACCUGGUUGACUCCCAGGUAGAUGCAGCACAUUCCAUAAUUUCCAGUUCAGUUGAGCCUACUAAUGCACCUAGUCAUUCUCUUCAACCAGCUCCUCCUCCUCCACCACCCAUGAAGCAUCCUCCUGGUACAAUGGUUUCUUCUACCCCUCCUCCGCUUUCAAACCCAAAGCUGCCUCCUGCACCGCCAAAAGGUGGACCUCCACCACCAAAAGGUGGGCCUCCACCACCAAAAACUGCUCCACCCCCCAAAGGCGGUCCACCACCAAAAGUUGCUCGACCACCACCAAAAGUUCCUUCUGGCCCACCACCAGCAAGCUCAAAUUCCUCAAUUCCCCUUCCCUCAUCACAUAGUUCAGCAAAUCCUUUUGAUAGCGAUGGUUCCAAGACUAAGCUGAAACCAUUUUUCUGGGAUAAAGUAACAGCAAAUCCUGAUCAAUCAAUGGUUUGGCAUAAGAUUAAGUCGGGUUCAUUUCAUUUUAAUGAGGAGAUGAUUGAAACAUUAUUUGGAUACAAUGCUGUUGAUAAACGCUGGAAUGAUUCCAAAAAAGAUUCGACGAGUGAUCCUUCUACCCAUCACAUUCAAAUUCUAGAUCCCAAGAAAUCACAGAAUUUGGCAAUUUCUUUGAGGGCCUGGAAUGUAAAAGUAGAAGAAGUUUGUGAUGCAUUAAUGGAAGGAAACGUGCUUCCAGUUGACCUGCUCCAAGCAUUGUUGAGAAUGGCACCGACCACAGAUGAAGAGCGGAAACUUAGGCUGUUUAAUGAUAACACAGCCUUACUUGGGCCCGCAGAACAAUUCUUGAAGACUGUAGUAAAUAUUCCUUUUGCUUUCAAAAGGAUGGAUGCAUUGCUAUUAAUGACUACUCUACCAGAGGAAUCCACAUUUGUGAAGGAAUCAUUAUCAACUAUUGAGGAAGCCUGUAAGGAGCUCAGAAAUAGCCGCUUAUUCUUAAAACUACUAGAGGCAGUUCUUAAAACUGGUAACCGUAUGAAUGAUGGUACCUUCCGUGGAGGAGCACAGGCAUUUAAGCUCGACACUCUUUUGAAGCUAUCAGAUGUUAAAGGCACUGACGGGAAGACCACUCUUCUUCAUUUUGUUGUUCAAGAGAUUAUCCGGUCUGAAGGUAGACGAGCUGUUCGAGUGGCCAUUGAAAAUAGGAGUAACUUGAACAACAUUACCAUCUCUAGUUCAAAUUCUGAUUAUUUCACUGAAGAUGUUCCUGAACAAUCUGAAGAUCAUUACAGAACCCUUGGCCUUAAGGUUGUUUCAUGUCUGAGCAGUGAACUUGAGAAUGUCAAAAGAGCUGCUGGAUUGGAUGCUGAGGCCUUAACCAGUACAGUGGCAACUCUGGGUCUUAGGUUGGUGAAGACAAAGGAGUUCUUGAACACUGAUAUGAGAAGCUUGAUGGAGGAUAGUGGUUUCCAUGAUUCUCUAAAAGCUUUUGUUGAACACGCUGAGGGCGAUAUUUCAUACUUGUUGGAGGAUGAAAAACGAAUAAGAUUGUUGGUGAAGAACACCACUGAUUAUUUUCACGGAAGUGCUGGGAGAGAUGAGGGGCUCCGACUGUUUGUAAUUGUGCGGGAUUUUAUGGGUAUGGUGGACAAGGCUUGCAAAGUGGUUGAAGAAUCAUCAAAAAAAUUGAUAAAAAUGGCAAGAAGUAAGGACAAUCCAGCAUCACAACUAAUUUCAGAACCACGACUACUGCUAUUUCCAACAAUUAAGGAACGACAUAUGGAUGAUUUUAGUUCAGAUGAUGAGGAAUCUUGAUUGUUAAUAUCAAUAGGUGGCAACUCGGCAGAUCCUUUCAGUUUACAUUGUGAAGAUUUUUUGGAAGCUGGCUCUGUUAUUCUGAGCUUGUGGUGUACAUAGGAUACUGGGAAUGCUUUGCAAGCUUCCAAUGGAUGGAGCUCAAAUGUUUGGAUGAAUUUUUGCAGCCUCUAUUUGUUGCUGAUUCACAAUUACAUGUAGAAUUAACUGCUGAUAUUGAUUGUAGCCUGUUUAUAAGAAGAAAUUAUUAUGUGCAAAUACUGGACGGUCUGGAGGCCAAUUAGAACGUACCACGUCAUCCGGUACACAUCGUUACCCAGCACCAAUACCGAGCAAAAAAGUGAUGUGGUGCAUUCUGAUUGGCCUCCAGAUGACGUCCGGUGUCUGCACAAAAUAAUUUUUCUUUCUUUUAUAAGAGGCUGCAAUUAUCUUGCAUUAGAAAGUUCAAGGGUUUGAUUCUUUUUUUCUUAUUUUGAAAUUUUGUUAGGUAUAUAAGAAUGAUGUUAGCAGGCAAUUUUUUACACCUGAAAAUAUGUAUAUAUAUUCUAUUCCCAAUUCAUUGAUAUUUAGACUUUGUAAGCCAUAAAAAUCAGCCACAUCAUUUCUAGCAA